AUGAAUUCACAUAGUUCUCUUCUCUUUAUCUUCUUCUUUAUUGUUACCAGCAAUGGCGGAACCAUUCCAUUUCCUCAACAAGGCUUUAAUGACUUUGAUCCAAUUUAUAUGGGCUACAUCAAAGAUAACUGGAAUGUCUUUUUUAACAAUCGUAAAGUUGCUGAUGCAUCAGCACGCUCAUUUCAAGAUCUUGGUUUCGGAUAUGGCAAAGAUAAUUGGAACGUGUUUUAUCUUGGAAAGAAGAUGUCGGAUGCAACGUCACGAUCAUUUGAAAUACUUCAACCCUACACUGGUUAUACCAAAGAUACGUGGAAUGUAUAUUAUCUCGGCAAGAAAGUACCAGAUGCUACUUCACGUUCAUUUCAAUCGAUGGACAACGGCUAUGGAAAAGAUACUUGGUCAAUGUUUUUUAAAGGAAAGAAAUUGCAUUGA